AUGAAGUUCUUCAAGUUCGCGGCUCUCGCCGCCACCUUCAUGGCCUCUCACACCAUGGCCCAAACAUCGAACGAGGAUGCAGCCGCAGCCGCGAAAGCAUUGGCCGCGGCUAAGAAGUUAUACCCUGAGUGUGCGCUCGUCUGCUUGACCAAACUCAUUCCAACCUCGGGUUGCUCCCUCACGGACACGACGUGCCUCUGCACCAACGAAGAGCUGAACGCCAAUCUCAGUGUUUGUGUCUUGCAAGGAUGCAAUUACGAAGACGCCCUCAAAACCAAGAAUGGCUCCGCUACGAUGUGUGGUUAUCCCGUCCGCGAUGACAGUCUGAAACCGCCCUUGGUGGCGGGUGUGGGAUUCGGACUUGCGCUAGUUUUCUAUAUUCUCAGGAUGUGUUCUGCCCUUCCUGGCUAUGGUCGAGAGCUGAGCUGGGACGACUGGACCAUCACAGCCUGUGUCGUUCUCACCGUCCCGCCGACUGUUUUCGCGUUCACCCUCGUCGACAAUGGCCUCGGAAAGGAUAUGUGGACGCUCCCUCUCAAGAACAUUGAGAAUGUGUUGUUCUACUACUUUCUCGGUGAACUCUUCUACUUUGUCGCGCAAACGAUGAACAAGAUCUCCAUUCUCUUCUUCCUGCAUCGCAUCUUUCAGCACAACAACCUCAGCCGAGCAAUCUGGAUCACGAUGGGACUCUGUUUGGCGUACUGUGCCGCGUUCUUCUUCGCAACGCUGUUCCAAUGCUGGCCUAUCAAUCAUGCCUGGUUGCAACUUGAGGAGAAGCACCUUGGUCGAUGCAACAACAUCCAUCUUCAAGGAUGGUUCAGCGCUGCCUUCAACAUCGUGCUUGAUGUCAUCAUUCUGGUCCUACCUCUGCAUCAGCUUUACCAACUACAGAUGGCCCUGAACAAGAAACUGAUGGUCAUGGUCGUCUUCUCCAUGGGUAUCUUUGUCACCAUUGCCAGUGUCAUCCGUCUGAACACCCUCGUGGUCUUCGCCAACAGUCAGAACAUCACCCAUGACUACGUUGACGCCGCCUAUUGGAGUACGAUUGAGCUCUACGCCGGCAUCAUCACAGCCUCUCUACCUGCCGUCUACAAGUUCAUGUCCGGCCUAACGGCGAAGAGCCAGGCGUUCACAACCCUCAAGUCCAAGCUGUCUGGCGCGUCUACAAGUUCUGGAACUACAGACUCUGCGGGGACAGCGUUAGGCUCGAAGGCCAUUGCACGCCGACUCACUCCGAAGCGCUCAGAAGCCGAGUUCGUGCUUCUAACAGACGUGGAAAGUCAAGGUGGUAAAGGUGACAGGUGGAAUUAA